CUUCUUCUCGACUCCGUCGCUCCCGCGGCGCGAGGCGCUCUCGCUCUUCUCCUCCUCCUCCUCCGCCGUCGCCCCUCCCCCCGCGCAGCCGCCGCCGCUGCCGCCGCCGCCGCCGCCGCCGCUGCGAGACCCCCGCGUGCCGCCCUCCUCCCGCCCUUCGGCUCCGCGCGCCCUUCGGCCCCGCGGCCCCCGAGGAGAACGAGAGGGCGAGCGAGCGCGGCGCUCCCGGGCCGGCUCGGCCGCGUACUCUCACCAUCGCCGGCCCUCCGCCGCCUUCCUCCAAUUCCACCUCCUCUCCCCCCCCCCCAAGUUGAGGCCCCCUCCGGGGGGGGGAGGCCCGGGACCAGGAGCGAAUUUCUCCAACUCUCUCCACCCCUCCCCCACACGGCCUGAGUGCGAGGAGAAGGGCUCGGCCCGGCCCGCGUCGUGUGAAGAGGAACCGGGCUGGCCCACGGGCCGUCUGGGGCCUGGUCCGGGCCGCCGGGUGUGUGAAGACCGGGGCCCGUUGCGGCCCGGCCGAGGGCGAGCGCAGGGGAGGGGCCUGGUCCGGCCCGGCCGGUGCGUGAGGACUGGGGCCCCGGCCCGGCGCCGCCGCCGCCGCCGCCGCGAUGGCCCAGCAGCAGAUGACUAGUUCGCAGAAGGCCCUGAUGCUUGAGCUGAAAUCCCUGCAGGAGGAACCGGUGGAGGGCUUCCGGAUCACCCUGGUGGAUGAGUCCGACCUCUACAACUGGGAGGUUGCCAUCUUCGGACCCCCUAACACCCUCUACGAAGGCGGCUACUUCAAGGCUCAUAUUAAAUUUCCUAUUGACUACCCAUAUUCACCACCUACCUUCAGAUUCUUGACCAAAAUGUGGCACCCCAACAUUUAUGAGAAUGGAGAUGUAUGCAUUUCAAUUCUUCAUCCGCCGGUAGAUGACCCACAGAGUGGAGAACUGCCCUCUGAAAGGUGGAAUCCUACUCAAAAUGUCAGGACUAUCCUGUUAAGUGUAAUCUCAUUGCUUAACGAGCCCAACACCUUCUCCCCAGCCAAUGUGGAUGCUUCGGUUAUGUUCAGGAAAUGGAGGGACAGUAAAGGAAAAGACAAAGAAUAUGCUGAAAUCAUUAGGAAACAGGUUUCAGCCACUAAAGCCGAAGCAGAAAAGGAUGGAGUGAAGGUCCCCACAACCCUGGCAGAAUAUUGCAUCAAAACUAAAGUGCCUUCCAAUGACAACAGCUCAGAUUUGCUUUAUGACGACUUGUAUGACGACGACAUUGAUGAUGAAGAUGAGGAGGAGGAAGAUGCCGACUGUUAUGAUGAUGAUGAUUCUGGGAAUGAGGAGUCGUGACGCGCUCCUUCAGUGCCCCUGCACUGCCCUGCCGUCUCAGGCCAAAGGGAGGGGAGCAAGUGGGGACCUAGCAGUGGCCCCUCAGCAAAAGCUAGCACGGGGGUGGGGAAAUAAACACGGCUCCUGCUGACUCCCCUUAAGGAUCUCAGUUUGCUCCUUUUUAUGGACCUCUUAAUGGAGAGAAAGUAAUCCUCCAGAGAAUGUCUGAAUUCUUGCAUUCUUUACCCUUCAAUCUCUUUAUUGAUUUUUUUUUUUUUCUUUUUCUUUGAUCCCAAACUCCUGCCUCACUUCGUCUCUACAAAGCGUUCACAGCAAAACACGUUUGGUCUGUUUUUAGAUUCUUGAAGAAUUAAAUAGUCAAGAUGUUUCAUAAAGACAUUUAAGUGUUUAAUGCUGGGAACCCAUUGGGCGUUCACAAGUGCUGCAUAUGCUGGGUAGCAAAAAGGAAAAAAAAAAAGCAUAAGAAGCAUAAUACCCCCCCAAAACAAACUUACUUUUUUUUUUUAAAGCAAAAUUUGCCAAGGUUUAGCUGCUCAUUUACCUUAGUGUGUGUGCAUUUGUUCAGCCCCAUGGUGGUGAAUUUUGUUUCUUUCCCUUCUUAAGGCUGGGGCACAGUGGGCAUCAGGGACUUUGUGCUGAACCUGAUAAAGUGUGUUCCUAAGGGCAUAGCCCCUUCAGCCUCCAAGAAAACCAUCCUGACACAGAGGCCUCAGCUACUUUAGGAGAGAAAUCAGAUUUUGUUUUUUGAAAUUGAUUGGGAUCUAAAGCCUGAAAUAAAUAUUCAUACUUUACAUAGAACUGAGCACUUGAUUGCUAUUUAUUUUGAAGGCAGUUAUUUUCCCCCCAGGGAAUGGGGAGAGAGUGGGAUUAGUAUGUGUGUGGAGUCUUAGUGAUGGAAAGUUAAAUCACUAUGCCAAUUUUGGUUGAUGCUGCUGGGGGUGAAAAUCAAACUACUGGUGACCACUGUUGGGAGAGAAAACAUCUGUAUUUAACAUAACCUUUCCCUGAAAGAUACACUCUCACCAUGAGGAUUUUUUUUUUUUUUUUAAGUAGUCAGUUUGAAUUACUCAGUAUUACUACUAGGUGCAUGUGUUAAGAUUUUGGUUUUCAUUGAGCUGCUUAUACUGAUAGUAACUGUGGAUAUAUGUGAGACAUGAGUGACUGGCUCCCGCUUUCCUCAUUGGCUGUGACCUGGAGUUUCCUUUUCACUGUUCCUGGGCUGUGGAUCACAAGCAGAAGCUGUGCAUGGAGCUUUCCCCAGAGACUCUCUGACUCUUCUGGCAGAGCCGAGGGAGCUGACUGCAGGCAGUGUCUGGACAACGAUAGAUCUUCCUGCCAUGUGAUUGCUGCCGCCGUGAUUCCCCUCAAUCGUAUGUCACUCCGAACAAUACCGAGUCCUGUCAGCCUUCACCAACCAGGAAUUUCAGAACUUGGUGGUGAUUUCUUGUGGGAGCGGGCUAGUUCAAGGAGGGCAGUGUUCUUUCAGUGGGGAAAAUUUUGGAGGGAAAAUACAGCGUAGUUCAUAUCCCUGUGCGUUAGCAUCAACUCCUUUUCUUCAGAUGGUACAGUUCAGAACGACGUAAGAGUUGAUGAGGGACAGGGGCAGGGUGGAGCCUGGGACAGAGUAGGUGAUGCUUAUGUCCUUAGUUCCUCCUUCCUUUCUGAUCUCAGGGGUUUCAUUCGCUCUUCAAACUCUCCAAACAUUUACUAAUUCCCAGCAGCCCUGUCUGGACUCAUAGUUUUGGUCUGGUAUUAAGUGGGAAUGUUUAACGUGCUAAGGUUCACAUGGGACAGUGUUGAGCCAGUCCCAGAAUCUGUCUAAACUCCACAGGCUACCUGCACCCCUGAAUCUAGUGACUCCAGUCAGAUUCAGAGAACAGAGUAGCUAGCUGUCCUGUGACAGAACACUGAGUGCAAACACACUUAAGUAACACUUAGAGAUACCUGCAAAUCUUCUGGAGCCCAAAGUCUCCUAAUGUUCUGAUCGCCCCCACCACCCCUACCCUCCCAACACACACACUCAAGUUUACAGCCAGUAGCUAGGUCUCACUCUAUUAGAGCUCUAAAACUAAAGCCUUUCUUUCCCCUUCCUGCACAAGCAUUUCUCUCCCAGGGCAGGCCAGACAACUUGGCAUUGUGGGAGGUGCUAUGCUGCUCAGCCCUGUCCCAGUAGGCCCUGUUGGCCUCUGUUGCACAUUGACUCAGGGAGCCAGAGAGCCAGGUGGAGGUCAUACCUCUCAGCCCUUUGGGGUGCACAAUCAGUCCCCAAAAAGACUGAGAUGUGUUGAUGUGCUAAGAGGUAGACAUCCUAAUAGCUCAGACUGACUUGUAAAACCCAGAUGCUGGUUCCAGAGCUCUGUCCUGAGAACACAGCCUGUGGCAGAAGACUUGAGCAUGUCAAUUCUAGUCUUGGGAGUGGAGAGCUCAGGCUCAGGCUACAGUCCUGUGAGUACAGUUGUGAUUAUUUACUGUAACAUGAAUUCAGAAUCCUGCAUUUUUAGGUUCCUUUUGAUUCUGAUUUGAGGCCUCUGGAUGCUCUUUGGGUCUGUGUAUUUUGAGGCUGGUGGACAAAGUGUAUCAUCAUGAUUCUGCUGUUGCUUCUCACAGUCUUCCUCACUUUCAUUUCAUAUCAUUCCAGAGUUCUUUUCUAUUAGCCAAACUUUUUUGUAGACCCUUUUGUUCCUCCUCCCUGGUAAUUAUUUGCUUCUUUAUUUGCUGUUGUCCUUUUGUUUAGGACACACCUAGUAAGCGAUUGAAGGGGAAAAUGUGUAGUUCUCCACUGAAAAUUAACUCUCCACCCUUCCUGAUUUUUAAAAAGGUUUACAUUUACAAAGAUUCAGAUGCAAUUUUCAACUAUUCUGAAACCAGCAGGACACACCUGACUUUAAUAGUUUUCUUAGCUGAAAUUGUAGAUGUUUUUCUUCAGUUUAACUUAUGAGAAAAGAUUACCUGAUGCAUUUUGUGUUCACCUUCCCCUUUAGUGGUUUAUUUUGUCUUUUUCUGCCAUCUGUCUACUAAUAAAAUGUGAAAUAAAAUAUACCUGUAUUGCUACUUCCCCCAG